UCCGAUGAGCAUCGUCUUCUUCUCAGGAAGAGAGUGAGUCCUUAACGCCGGCUGGAUCAUAAACAAAAAUCAAACCACUCCAUCUCUCUCUUGUGCUGACCACGCUCCAUUCCUUCAAAUUCGAGUCUCCAUAUCUUUCCCCUUUGACUUUUCACUUCAAUUUUAUCAGUCUCAGAUCUCAACGAUGGCUACACAAAUCUCACAGCUCGCUUGUUUCUCAUCCACCAAUCGCCAAUUUCAUUUCCAGAGCCGAUCGUUUCGUCCCCAGUCUUUUGUAGUUAGAAGCGUUGAUGGGAAUAGCUCAGAAACACCAGCGUCUCUUAGCUAUGCAGCUGAGGUUUCAAAGCCUAUUGUUGAGAAAACGUCGACACCUUUUUCUACAGUGGAUGAAACUGCUACCAGUAAAGAUGUUAUCACAGAGCCAGUAGAGGAACAUGUUGCUGCACAACCAAUUCGAGCAGCAAAGAUCCACGACUUCUGUUUUGGCAUUCCUUAUGGUGGUCUCGUUAUAAGUGGAGGGCUUCUUGGGUUUGCGUUUUCACGAAAUCUUACAAGUUUAACUACUGGUGUCCUCUAUGGUGGUGGCCUUCUAGCCCUUAGUACAUUGAGCUUAAAGAUUUGGCGACAGGGAAAAUCUAGUUUUCCUUAUAUACUAGGACAAGCAGUGCUGUCAGCUGUCGUCUUCUGGAAGAACUUCACAGCUUAUUCUAUGACUAAGAAGCUGGUUCCGGCCGGGCUUUUUGCUGUCGUCAGCGCUUGCAUGUUGUGUUUCUAUUCAUAUGUGGUGCUCUCUGGAGGAAACCCACCUCCAAAAAAAUUGAAACCAUCCGCUAGUCCUGCAUACUGAAAGGACUUCUCAUAGGUUAGAUUAAAAAAAAAAUGGAGAUCUUUUCUCUUUUAAUGACUCUGGUGUGCUGGAUUCCGGGUGUAAUUUUAUACUUUUACGAGUUGAUAUACUUGUUUGUGAGUUGUGACAUGUUCUUCUUACCAAUGUCAUAAUCUAAAGUUUUGAUUUUCUUACUUGUGUUGACAUAUGCUAUGAGCCUAUGGUUUGCGACAUUUGUCUAUACUCUUAAGCGAAUUGACAUAAUCUGAAGUUAUGUUUUUUCA